CCAACGUGGAGUAAACGAAUUCGAUUUUCCCCUUCCUUCAUUACUAACUCGAACCAAGGGUUUGUGCCGGCGGCAGAGUUCGUCGGAGGAUAACAAUAAUCCGGUUAUUUUUCCCUGAUUCCGGUCGGAGAGGUUGGGUGAGGGGUGUUGGUAGUCUGGUAAAUUUAAUUUGCUGUCUGCCUGGUAAAAUGGAUAUGUUAUCCGAGGUUGUGCCUUACGUUGUAAAAACCCUCGAUCGAUCAGCUACUCACACUUCGUCUACAUGCUCGUCUCAUGAUUUAAAGUAUUUUAAGUACAUAUUUCAGCAGAGAUCGGUUCUGCUGAAGGGUUUCUGGUGGAGUGGUGGUCCUUGUUUUGGGAUGUAUACACCGGUAGACUUGCGAAGAACACCCGAACAACAUCAGUCUCCCCCUCCGAGGCAAUCGAGGGAGCUGAAAAUGUGCUGCAAAAUGUUCGUCCUGUUCCGCCCAUGCCAGAUUUGAACGAAAUGAUGCAGCUGCAGAACAUUUGUGCAGCAACGCGAAAUCCAGGACUUCUUAAUCUGCUACAAACUGUCAAUCCAACAACAAUGUCGAUGCAAGAUAUGGAGAAUUUGCUGCAAAGUUCUGUUUCGAUGCAGAGGGCAGAAUUCGAUCCAAAUACGUUAGAAUCGACUCCUGUUUCAGACAACAAUGCGAAGGAAGAGCAAACUGCAACAAGUUUUAUUGCUGAGAGAAUUCGUGAGCUACAAGCUCUCCCUAAGCUUCCUCCCGUAGGCCUCGAUAAUAAUUCACAUCUUCUUGAUGUUGAUCAAGUAGCCCAAGUGAUUCCAGCUUCGAUCAGUACCAGCCAUUCUGAGAAAAACGCUAAUAAUAAGAGGCCAUUUUCUGCUACCAUAGAUGGCGGCGUUGAGACUAGUUUGAGAUCAACCAUUGCAAGGAUAACUCCUCAUGCGCCGAAACAAGAGGAACUCGAAACUGAAGAAACUGGGAUGGGUGGAAUCAACUUAAUCACCCCACAGAGGUUUUCGUUUGCUGGAGUUGGACGUGCUGACUAUACUCAAGUAAAUUAUCAGCAGAAAUAUGCAGCCCGUUUUCCACACUAUACUGGACCUGAUUUGGCGGCAAUUGGAAGUUCCAACCAGAUGGUUAGCCCCGUUCUUUUUCACGAUGGCUCAAAGCAGAAACAUUUGCAGAUUGAAAAGAAUACGGGAAAGGAGAAAGCAAGGGAUGAAGCUUUUAAGUUGUUCUUCUCGAACGAUGAAAAGCCAAGAUGAAAUCACGGAUGAAGUGAAUCAAUAACUGGAACCCAACUACGAUAAAUAAGGUUUGGAGUCCUGGAGGCGAUGACCACUGGGUUAUUGAAGUAGAGUAAUCGAAUUAUUAUAUCGUAAUUUAAUUAAGUGUUACUGCUUGAGACAAAUGUGUGCAACCGAAACCUGUUUCGUGCCAGCAGGCUUUUUCUUUUUCAUGCUUAAUUUUCCGAAUU